GCCCAGCUGAAACUCUCUCUCUCUCUGUUCUCCCAAAUCUCACCUUACCUACUCUUUUUCUUUCGUCUCUCUCUCUCUCUCUCUCUCAAAACCCAGAAAAGCUGUGUGUUCACUGCUCUUGAAGUGAAAUGCAGAAUCGUUCAGAAACCCUUUUUGGGUUCUCCUCCAUUCUCCUCAAAAUCACCUAAAAUCUUGUUGCUUUCCAGGUUCUCAGCCAUGAAAAAGAAGACCCAUCACUAAUUCUUUCAAGGCAAUGUAGAAUAGAAACAAGAUUCCUUUGCAGUCUCAGAUGAUGGUGGCUGCAUUUUCUCAUCCACCAACUCCUUCAGAGCCCCCUGUGCAAGAACCACGGCAAGAAACAAAUACCCAUCAAGAAGAAAAUCCAACAACAACAACAACUAAAAGGCCUCCUCUUAAAGACAAUGGCUCCACUGUUACAAGAAAACCCAGAGGUAGACAAGUUUCUUCCAGGUAUAUGUCUCCUUCUCCUUCUUCUUCUUCGUCAGCAGCAGCAACAACAACGGCAGCGAAAACAACGACAAGAUUUCCUUCACCUCUUAUUUCUCGUUCGACAAAUACGACGGCAACGGGGAACAAAACGACCGCGAGAUUUCCUUCUCCGCUUAUUUCUCGUUCAACAAAUGCUAGUUCUACUUCGACACCGGCUUCAACAAUGCUGCCUUCGCUUCCUAAACGGUCUCAAUCUGUGGACCGGAGGCGGCCCGGGAGUCAAGUUUCACAAGGAAACAAUAUUAAUGCUACGGAAUUAUCAGCUGCUACCAAGAUGUUGAUUACUUCAACGAGAAGUUUAUCCGUUUCGUUUCAAGGUGAGGCCUUUUCGCUUCCGAUUAGUAAGACAAAGGCUCAAGUGGGUUCUGCUAUGACUAGGAAAGCAACUCCUGAAAGGCGUAGAGCUACUCCUGUGAGAGAUCAUGGGGAGAACUCGAAGCCGGUGGAUCAGCACCGCUGGCCCGGGAGAACCCGGCAAGGGAAUUCGGGUUCGAAUCCGUUGUCUAGGAGUUUGGAUUAUAGUAGUGAAAGGAAGAUGUUUGGAUCUGGCGCAAUUGUGGCUAAGUCAUUGCAACAAUCAAUGAUGCUUGAUGAGAGUAGUAGGAGGGUUUCUUUUGAUGGUAGUAGUAGGUUGAGUUUGGAUUUGGGAAGUUCUGCUGAGUUGUUAAAAGAAGCUACUAAGCAAAAUUCAGAUGCCAAUUCUAUAAAUGAGGCUUCUUGUGUGUCUUGUGAUCUUACUGCAUCUGAUACAGAUAGUGUGUCUUCUGGGAGCACCAAUUCUGGAAUGCAGGAAUGUGGAGGAAGUGGGAUUUUGAAAGGGAGGAGUGGACCACGUAAUAUUGUUGUGUCUGCACGGUUUUGGCAGGAAACUAAUAGCCGGUUAAGGCGGUUACAGGAUCCUGGGUCACCUUUGUCUACAAGCCCUGGGUCUAGAAUUGGUGCUUCAGCUAAGUUCAGUCAAUCAAAAAGGUUUUCUAGUGAUGGUGUGGUGUCUUCUCCACGGACAAUGGCUUCUCCUAUUAGGGGAGGUACAAGGCCUGCUUCUCCUAGUAAGCUUUGGACAUCUGCAACUUCAUCUCCAUUGAGGGGGCUAAGUCCUGCUCGGGUGAGAAAUGCAGUUGGUGGUCAGAUGAUGGGUAAUUCUGUUAAUACCCCUUCAAUUCUUAGCUUUUCUGUUGAUAUUAGGAGAGGAAAGAUGGGGGAGGAUAGGAUUGUUGAUGCACACAUGUUGAGGCUUCUUUAUAACCGUUACUUGCAAUGGAGAUUUGCAAACGCUAGGGCAGAUGCUACUUUCAUGUUGCAGAAACUGAGUGCAGAGAAAAAUCUGUGGAAUGCAUGGGUAACAACAUCAGAACUGCGGCAUUCUGUGACCCUUAAAAGAAUCAAGUUGCUAUUGCUGAGGCAAAAACUGAAAUUGACUUCCAUCCUGAAGGGACAAAUAGCUUAUUUAGAAGAAUGGGCCCUCCUUGACCGAGAUCACUCUAGUUCUUUGCUCGGAGCAACUGAAUCUUUAAAGGCCAGUACUCUUCGUCUUCCAAUAGUUGGAAAAGCAACUGCGGAUAUACAAAAUCUGAAGGAUGCUGUCAGUUCAGCAGUUGAUGUGAUGCAGGCAAUGGCAUCCUCAAUAUGCUCACUAUCAUUGAAGGUGGAGGAAAUGAAUUCUUUAGUGGCUGAGCUUGUGAGUGUGACAGCAAAGGAAAGGAUUUUGCUCGAACAAUGUAAAGAUUUUUUGUCCACAUUAGCAGCCAUUCAGGUUAAGGACUGUAGCUUGAGGACACACAUAAUACAACUAAAUCGUGUACCCACUACCAGCAGCCUGACAACACAUGUGUAGAACUGAUCCCAUUUGACUACUCACCCUAAAUGCUAACAAUUACACCCAAGCUCAUGUUUUUCCAAUGGGUGGAGGCGGCACUGGACAAAAUAAGAGCGGAUUGAAUAUGGCUAGGUUUGGCUUCACAUUUAGCAGUUUUGGAACCAGUUGUUGUCUUCUAUGGUCACGCAUGUAUUUUUGCAUCUGAAGAUUAGAGGAAGUGGCGUUCCCUUUCAACUGAUUUCUGUAUACAAAACUCUCUUAUGGGUUUUUUUCUUCUUCUUUAUUUUUUUUAUAAAUCCUUUUUAGGUAAAAGAAAGCAAUGUAUAUGUAAAUAUGUAAGUUCAUCUGAUAACCCAAUUACCAUGUAUUUCUUGGCCUACUUUGAUUAAUCAUCUAAGUAUGAUCUUGUUGAUGCUUGUUCAA